AUGCCUCGGCAUCAGAUAAAGAGAGAUAACCGGGCGGCGGUCGAGGAGGAAAUCGAAGAGUUGGAGGAGCGAAUGGCCACUUAUGACGAAACGGUUCUAGAAGACGACGAAAACGUUGGAUUCAAUUUCCGAAAGAUUCUUAAUUUCCCGGUGCCGAAUAAGAUUAAUGAGCUAGAAGCCAUCGACGAUGAUGCAUUUUCUGCGAGAAAGACGGCGUUUUUCACAGAACGACCAAUUGGACGACAAGAAGAAAGUACAUCAGAAGUGCAAUCUUCUGACGAUGAAGACGAGGAAGCUUCAUCAGAAUCGGGAACGGAAGAAGAGAAAAGAGAUAAAUACGAUUGGAAGUUCUGGGAGUGCUUCUGGUUCUGUUUCCGACAACUUUUCUUCUCGCGUGUUUGGAUCAUCAUUCUUCAAUUUAUCGCAGCGAAUUACGCUGGUGAACGAUUCAGAACAGAUGCAUUCAAUUUGGCGGAUAGAAUUAUUGAACCAGGCCAAUCACUUCUCGGAGAUGUCGUCGUCCGUCGUGGACUACUCGGACUUCGCCGCUGGGAUGCACAACAGUUUCUGUUCAUUGCUGAUAAUCACUACAUCUUUGAGCACUCUCUAGCUUUCUUCCCCGGAUAUCCUGAAGUCAUCAACAUCUUCCGUCUCGGAAUUCAGCAGUACACGCUCAGCACCGUAGGAUGGUCAUUCCCAUCGUGGGUUCUCACUGGAAUCCUUUCCUUCGCUAUCAACUUGUUCUUCUUCCACGCGGCGGGUAUGGCAUUGUUCAUGGUUGUCACAAUGAUCACGAGAAAUGUGAAACAAGGACUCCUUGCUGUUACGAUAUUCGCAUACAAUCCAGCGUCGAUUUUCUUCACCUCGGCGUAUUCUGAAUCGAUGUUCUUCACCUUAACAAUCACUGGAUUCAACUUCAUGUUAUACUCAAUCCGUUCUUCCUCCUAUUCCCAAAAGAUGUUCGGAGUCAUGACAGGAACUUUUAUUUUCGGACUGUCACUUGUCGUUCGAUCCAAUGGAAUGCUCAACGCUCUCUUUGUUGCCUGGUAUUGGUGUGCUGCUCUCCUCUGGGAACCAGAGAAGCCAGUUCCAGACUGUCAUCUGUUGAUUGAAUCGUUGGCUGGUACGAAGAAUGAACGAUAUCGACGUGAAGGACAGACGAGACUCCGUGCAUUUGAGAAGAAAAGAAAGCAGCCGAGAAAAGUGUUCAGAUGGACUGCACCUGAACAUUCUCGUUGCACUCUUGUUAUUUUCACCGUCUUACUCGGUCUUUUCGUGCUCUUUAUCUUCUUUGGACCCUACGUCUUCAUGGCCAAUUCGGUUGCUGAGGAGUUCUGUGAGGCUGAUCCACAUCAGAAGGAGCUGGUUGCAAAUGUGAAGAGACAUAUCAGAAUGUCACCGAAAAUCAUCACGAUCGUCGACGCCUGGGAGAAGACAACUUGGUGUAAAAAACCAAGAAUUCUCGGAUUGGUUCGUCAAUAUUACACGGAUAUCCAAGCCAAGUACUGGAACGUCGGAUUAUUUGGAUACUGGAAAAUCAGAAAGAUUCCUUGUUUCUUGAUGAUGCUUCCUGCUGCUAUUCUUACGGUUCUGGCAAUCCGAUCUGCAUGGAAGGAUGUGUUUGAGAAGAAACGAUGGAAUAACAUUUGGAUUCUCACAAUCCGAAGCGAUCACACUCUUCACCUUGCUAUCCAUGCCACUGUUAUGCUGCUUACUGGUAUCUUUGUUAUCAAUGCGGAGGUUUUCACUCGAUUGAUGUUCUCUUCCAGUCCAUUGCUCUAUAUUUUUAUUGCCAGAUAUAUUGAUGAGCUGACGCAAGGAAACACUCCUGGCAACCGCUUCUGGCACUAUACCUCCACCCCGGGCAUCCUUCCCUUCUUCGUUUUCCGACGUGUCUGGGAAGAUGGAUGGCGUGGCAAAGCUCUAUAUAUCUACAUUUUCGGAUACUUUAUCCUUGGAACAAUGGCUCAUGCCGCCUGGUUACCAUUCACAUAA